AAAAACGGAUGUGAACAUCCGUUCAUCGACAUCAACGCAUUCUCUGUUAGUUUUCUUCGGCCACCUAAUUAAGAAACCUUCUAUUAUAGCUUUUUCCACGGAGGGUUUUGUUGAUUUUAGAACUGUGGACCAUUUCUUAGUUAAUUACAUCUGAGUCACUGUUGUUGCUAACUCACGAGGUGGAUUCAGUUUGAAUGACCGAGUUUCUGCAGUGUAUGAUCACGGGAUCUUAGAAGGGUUUCUUCGAUUCUGAGCUGAAACUGUAGUGUCGGAUAAAACAAAGAGACGAAACAGUGUUUUUGUUUGGUGCCGAGAGAAGUCCAAUUGUUGGUUCCAGAGUUGUCGAGGGAGAAGUGUGGACUUUGGUGAUUUGUUUGCUUUUGUGUUACAUGCUGUUAAGAAAGUUUUCAAUAAAGAUAAGUUUUACUGUUUUGUGUUCUGUGAGCCAACCGUGUAGGAAGGAGAAGAUAUUCAACACAUGGCGAUACAAGGCAAAAGUGCAUUUACUAGAUCAAGGGUGUGCAUUCUGUUGCAGAUAUUAUUCCACUACAUGAUCAGUUUUCUUUUGGAAAUGACUAUGCCUUGAAGGUAAAAAAACCGUAUAGAAAUGAAGAACACAAGAAGUUCCUUGAAGCCUUAAAGCUAUAAUGGCAGGGCCUGGCGAAGGAUUGAAGAACAUGUUGGCACAAAGACUGCUGUUCAGAUUCGAAGUCAUGCUCAAAUGUUUUUUUUCUAAGAUUGUUAGAGAGUCUAGUGGGAACAGCACAGCCUUGGAGGAAUCAAUUGAAAUUCCACCUCCACGCCCAAAAAGGAAGCCAAAUCAUCCUUACCCUCUUAAACUGAUUGAGAUUCCAAAGAAAGAGAUUUCCAAUUCAGAACAUCCUCUGAGGUCUAAUUCUCUCAAGUCAUCAGAUUUUGGUCAAGAAAACAAUUCUCUUAAGUCAGUGUUAUCUACUGUUGUUUCCGAAAACCUUGGUUCCUCCGAUUCAAUUCAGAGACACCCACUGGAAGUUUGUCACGAGUCUCAUCCAUUAGUGGUGUCCUCGCAAACAGAUUUCCACUAGCUCAACCCAAAACAUCAUUUAAGGAAGAAGAGGAUGGUAUGGAGAAGAGAUUGAAGUUCAAGCUUUCUAAAGCUGCUUCUAUGGCUCUCCGAGGCCAUGACAUACAAAAUGAUUUUCCAGUAGUACUUUUGAAGACCAUGUUAUGAGGACUUUAAGUUUCUCAAUUAUUUAUUCUGGUUCAACGGAUGUCGAUGAAGGGAUGUUGACAUCCAUUUUUAAGAAUCUGACGCAUUGUUCAUAUCUGUGAAGGGUAAAAGAGAAAUAAAAACGUGGAGGAUGGUGGAGGGGGUAACAGCCAAAUAAAUAAAAUUAAAAAAUAUAAAAAGUUAAUUUUGUAAUUAAAAAAAAUUAUAAAAAACUGGAAAGGUGGAGGAAGCAUAGGUGUGGAGGUGAAGGGAACAACACCCUAGUUAGAAUUGUACUACUAAAUUUGGGACGUUGCUCCCUACACUUCUC